AUGAAGGGCGCCACGCCUCUCAAUGUCAACCAACAACUCCCAAAUCCGGUUGUGAAUAGCCGAGACGUGCCUUUCCAGCCCCCUACUCAUCUGCUCCGCCUCUCAUCAAUUCCCCGUUGCCCUUUGACAGCAUUCUUGACCAAUUUCGGUUGGUUGUACGGUUUACGUGUUGCUGAGCCUGAGUUUCCUUGGUGCGAAUUGCCUCGGAGACCGACGAACUACACCAUGGCGGGCGACACCGUGGCUACGAGCGUCCGUGAGGAGCCAGUUACCAAUGCCAGUUGGCUGGACAAGUGGCGCUGGUACGAGCGUAAUACCUCCAAGGAAGAGAAGGUGUUGUUGCGCAAGCUUGAUUUCAUGAUCUUGACCUUUGGUUGCCUCACUUUCUUCACAAAGUUCCUCGACCUCCAAGCCUUCCAAAAUGCCUACGUCAGUGGAAUGAAAGAGGAUGUUGGCAUGCAAGGCAAUGACUUGCAAUACACCACUGGUGUUUUCCAAGCAGGAUACUGCGCUGCCAUGAUUCCCUCCAACAUCAUUCUCACUCGUGUUCGGCCCAACGUUCUUAUCCCAGCGUUCGAGAUCCUCUGGGGCAUCCUGACUCUUCUCACGGCUUUCGUCAAAGAUAUCAAGCAUGUCUACAUCAUCCGAUUCUUCAGUGGUGUGUUUGAAUGUGUGGCCUAUCCUGGCGUCAUCUACUGCAUCGGAUGUUGGUACAAGAGCACCGAGAUCUCACGUCGGCUGAGUUUGUUCUACGUUGCGGGUCCUCUGGGAACUAUGUUUGCCGGCUACUUCCAGACCGCCUGCCACACCAACCUCAACGGUGUCAAUGGCCUCGAGGGAUGGCGCUGGCUCUUCAUCGUCUGCGGCUGCAUCACCCUCCCCGUAGCCAUCCUCGGCGCCGUCGUCUUCCCCGCUCGACCUGAUUCCAAGAACCCCUCGUGGCUCCUGACAUCCGACCAAAUCGCCCUUGCUCGCCGCCGCGUCUCCGAGGGUGGAUCCGAGGCCCCCAAGGUCAAGUUCGACCGCAAGGCCAUCACCGACGUCUUCAAGGGCUGGCACUGGUACGCCUUUGUCGGCUUGUACUUUGUCUUCAACCAGGCCAUGAUCACCAACGGACAGCCUUUCAACCUGUAUCUCAAGGCGAACAACGAUCGUUACUCCAUCAGCCAGAUUAACAACCUUCCCACCGGACAGUCUGCAAUUUCUAUUGUGGCGGCGUUGGUUGGAUGCUACUGGGCUGAUGCGACGGGUAAGCGCUGGCUGCCUUCCAUCUGGAUCUGCGGUUGGAUGACUGUCGGUUCGAUCUGCAUGGCCGUGUGGAAUAUCCCCGAGGGACUCAAGUUCUUUGCCUUUUAUGUUGCCGGGCUCGGCGGCGCGCUCAACCCGCUGUUCAUGUCUUGGGCUUCCGAGGUCACAUUCCGAUCUGCUGAAGAGCGUGCUGUCGUCGUCGCUUCCAUGAACGCAGUCGGUCAGGCUCUUCUCGCAGGCUUGAACAUUGUGACAUUCCCUACACCUCUAGCCCCCAGAUUCAAGUUCGGUUGGUUCUGGGUCAUGGCCAACAACAUCCUCCAGGCCGGCUUGGUGAUGGGCAUCAUGGUCUUGCACAACCGCGAGAAGCGAGCCAUGCAGGUCCUCGAGGGCCAGGCAGAGGACGUGGAGCAGAUCAAAAUCGCCAAUGCCACCAAGGGCGAUGAUGAAUCGGCUUGA